AUGUUGCCCAAUAUUACUCUGGGGUACCAUGCAUUUGAUUCCUGUGGAGAUGUACAGAGAACUUUAAAAAGUGUCAUGAAAAUAUUAUCUCGAAGCACAUUAGAAAUUCCUAAUUAUUCUUGUUCCAAACAUGGUAAAGUAGCUGGCGUUAUAGGCGAUCAGUAUUCUCUCACUACCUUGCAUUUGGCACAGUUUCUGAAUGUAUAUAGAUAUACACAGGUAAGAGAUAUCUAAAUACAAUCUAAUGUAAUAUAAUUUUCUGCUUUCAUCUAGAAAAUAACAACUUUGCUGGGGGAUAAGAGACAUUUGUGCAAAAAAUGUAAACCUAAAAAUCCACCCUCAUGUGAAACAUCCAGGGCCAGAUUAAGAGCCAGGUGGGCCUGGUGCUGACCAUUAUGAUGGGGCCUAAUUACAGAAUCUUAUCAACCAAAAACACCAAAGCAGUCAUACCUCUCAAGCAUCAUGUAUCCGAUGGAGAUAGUGUUGGAGGGAAACUCAAAGGAUGCAGCUAUAAGAAAACACAUACUCUAUGCUAAUCUCUUUAACUAAUGCUUUCAUCUUACAAGUAAAUAUAUACCCCCUAACAGCAGUGUCCAAUGAAGCAGGAAGUCAAUGGGCGGGUUAAAAGGGUGGGCCAAUGACGUGAAUCACGUGACCAGAACUGUCAAAAAAGGCGAACAUGCCCAAAAAGGGGACAUGUCUGUCUAAAGAAUUGGAAGGCCUGUCUGGCAUCAGUCUCCCUAUGUAUCACAGUGUCAGUGUCCCCAUGUCACCCAGUCCCCUAGUCUCCCAGUGUCUCAGUGUCCCCAGUGUCCCAGUGUCCCCGUUUCUCCCAGUGUCCCCAUGUCUCAGUGUGUCCCGUGCCACUAGGAUACUAGGAGACACUGAGAGACAUGGGGGCACUUGUGGAUACAGACAUGGGUCCCCGCGGAGACAUGGGGACACUGGGAGAAAUGGGAACACAGAAGCUGGUAGACAUGAGGACAAGGAGACAUUUUCGGAGACUAAGACACUGAGAGACAUGGGAACACAGACACUAGGAGACUAGGGGACACUGGAAGACAUGGGGACACUGAGACACUGGCUGGUAGGCAUGUGGGACACUUGGGGACACUGGGAGACAUGGGGACACAGACACUGGGAGACAUGGGGAGACAUGGGCACUGAAAGGACUGAGACACUAGGAGCACUGAGAGGCAUGGGGACACAGACACUGGGAGAAUAGGGGACACUGGGAGACAUGGAGACACAGUGUUUCCGUGUCCCAAUGUCUCCCAAUGUCCCUUUGUCUCUCAGCAUCCCCAAGUUUCUCAGUGUCCCCAGGUCUCCCAUUGUCCCCUAGUGUCCCCAUGUCUCCCUGCUGCCUUUCCCCCCCAUCCUUCACUUACCUAAACUGUAGGCUGUCUCUGCUGUCUGGACUCUCUGUGCUGUGUAGCUGCUCCCCCAUGGAUCAGUGAGUAGAGAGAGGCAGGGAGGGAUAUGCUGUAACUUCCUAUCUCUGCCUCUCUCCACACACAGUGACCCCUACUGGCUGAUGCUGGUAUUGCAGAGUAAGCUCAGUUUAUACUUAGAAAAAUAUCUGCAUUUGUAUUGCCUGUAUAACUGCAAUUACCAGUCAGGGGGCAAACCUAAGUCAGGGGGCAAACCUAAGAGUAGUGUGUAAAAAAAAAAAUAUUCUUUUUUUUUUAUUGGCCUAUUCCAUGGGCCUGGGCCUGGAUCUGCAGCUCCAUCAGCCCCUAUGUUAAUCCGGCCAUGCGUAUAGAGGAACAUUCAAGAAACAUUUAAAAAAUUUAUGAAAACCACAGUGUUUCAGCACAUUUUAAUACACACCAUAACCACACCCCAAGGGUAUGAAAUUCAUGGGUAUAAAAAAACUCCAUAAAAAUUGGAGAGGGGGAGAUUUCAAUAAAACCAUAGGCAAAGUAGAAAUGGAAUGGAUUUAUAAUUUGAAUACAAUGAUCCCAUAUGGUCUAAAUAGUGACUUUGAAAUCUGCCAUUUUUUAAAGUAAAUUACUCCUAUUGUUAAGUAUUUGUACAAAUGCUUUUAUUACCAGUACUAGUGUUCUAUUAUCAUUAUAUUAUAUCUAUAUUUUUUAUUAGAAUUGCAUGCUAUGUAUUCAUUGUAACUUAAGUGACGUUGUUUGUUGUUUGGGACCGGCUUGACAAGAGGAAUACAACAUCUGAAGCCCAUGUCCAGGAUCCGUCUGUGUGUGGUGGCUCUUUUUUUUUUUUUUUAUAAUUCUUUAUUUUUCAUACGAUAGGUAAAAAGGGCUCAAGCCGAUAUUUGGGCUUACGCAGAAGCCAAUAUUUGAGAGGUCAUUCAUAUCAAUACAACAUAUAACUUUAAUUUACAUGACAUUCCUCUUUGUGCUUGCUUUGUGCCCUGCCUUACAUCGUGGAUUUUAUGUUUAAACCAGGCAAUUUAGCUUUGUAAGGAUCUCUAGUUCUAGGCAAAUCAGUUUCGUCUUUAGGUAUCCUUGUUUCCUCACUAGUGUUAUCGUGCCUGGGUGAGUUAAAAAUAAAUGAUGGAAAAAAGGAAAAGAGUAGGAAAAGAAGAGGGCAGUGCCCCCGUGAACCAAGGGGUGAAAGAGGAUGAAAAAGAGCGAAAUCAGAAUGAAAGAGUAAAGUCGAAGGGGGUGGGAGGGUGGGGGGGCGGCGAGAGCAAGAAGAAUCAGAUUUGGCGGGGGGGGGGUGACUAGGCUUUUAGAGUCUGUCACCCUGGGUUUGCUGGUGUUGCUAAGCUCCUUUUUCUAUCUAUUCAGUCCCUCAAUCUCCGCCGGAGCCCAUUAAGCUAGUGUCCCAUGGUUCCCAAAUCCGUUGGAAAGAUGUGGUCGUCCCCCUUAUCCUUGCCGUCAGGUCGUCCAUAAUUCUGCAUUCUCUUAUUCUGGAUAUUACCCCUUGAAAAUCUGGCCCUCCAGGUGAUAGCCAUGUCGUUGCUAUUGCCCUGCGUGCACUCAAGGUUAUCGUGUGCACCAAUUUUCGUUCUUUUUUAGUCCAUCCCUCUAUUGUUCUGUUUAGUAGGUAGAUCCAUGGGUCCAUGCCCAUAGGUUUAUUGAAUGUCUGUUUCAGUAGGUUUUCCACUGAUUUCCAGAAGCUGUGUAGCUUUGGGCAUUCCCACCACAUAUGUAUAUACGUGCCUCGUAAUCCGCAACCCCUCCAGCAAUCAUCCGUGUCUAUUGUGCGCAUUUUGUAUAGUGUCACGGGAGUGGUAUACCAUCGAAGCAUGGUUUUCCAUGCCUGCUCCUGUAGCGUGACACAUAUGGAGGUGUUCUUGUUUGCCUCCCAAAUCUCCUGCCACUCGAUUCCCUCCAACUCUUCCCCCAGAUCUGCUUCCCAUCGGUCAGUGUACUUCAAUCUGCCCCAUUCUUUUGUUUCAGUGCUGAUUUGGACGUAGAGGAGAGUGAUCAUGCCUUUGGGGGAGAUCCCAUGCAUGCAUAAUCUUUCGUAAAAAGUUAGCUUCUUCCGGGGGGCGGGGCUUGGAGGCCAUGCUGAAUGGUCGCAGGCUGCAUGAGCUCCUGCUUCAAAUCGACUAAACAGCAAUCUGUGUCACUCAAAAAGCGACCUAAAGCUACACAAAUACCACCAAAAGCAAGGGGACAACGGGGUGCACAAGUUGGUACCCGACAAGCGACGUUUCUAGUGAUACGCACCCGACACCCCAGCGAGGCCUACCAGCAUGGCAGGCACGGGAGAGACGGCCGCUCUCCUGCCGCCAACGACGGUGAGAACCUCGACCCAGAGCCCUCGUUCCCCCCCCUAUGGUCCGGCGGGGGUUAUCGCGGACCACCCUCUUGCAAUCCCAAGCGACAAAUCCGAGCCCAAACAGGGACGAAAGGGCCCAGCUAAGAUGGAGGCGCGAGCACAGCGCGGGAAGAAACACUCCCCUCUCAAGCCACCCAAGCACACAACGGAGUUCUUCAACAGGCUCUGUUCAUACCUGUGGGAGAAGCUUAAUGCCAGGAGACGGCCAUUCCGACUGGCGGUGAAAGCGCUGGCAGCGUGGAUCCGCCCUGCGACUCGCCGUUGCCUGCAGUGGAACCCCCCACGGGGCCCCAGCCUGGCAUCCCGACAGGCCAAAACACGCACCUGUAAAAUCAAAAAUGGAACCCGCAAGAGUACCCGACCUGCACACCAACAGGCGAUCUUGGCAACAACUAUCCCGCUAAGCGCCACCCGACAGAGGAGGUCGGGCAGAGCCGAUAGCGACAAUGAUCACACUGUGGAGCCGGGCCGGAGGGCUCUCCUGAAAGACGGAGCCCCACCAAGGUACCCACCUUUCCAGCCAAAUCGGAGCCUCUUGGGGAUACCAGCUGAGCCCAACAGUCAAAGCGACAGAGCCGGAGUCGGCUAAACAGGGCGGCCUGAAUAAGAGACAAUUUGUGCCCCUGCAAACUGGGCAGCGAAAUACUGCAGGUCUCCACCGCACAGACUGUCCCAUAUAAAUUCACACAGAAUAAUACUCAUAUAGCAAUGUUACUCGUAUUGGCACCUAGGCCCAGUAGGGGUCCUGAUAUGAUGUUUAGCAUAAAGUAGUAGCUAAUGAAACACUCUGAACAAAAUGGCCUAGCACAGUAUGUCGACUGAUCAGCGAAUAUGCAGACUAAGCCUAAAUGUAGUUUUAAGCAAACACUUUAAAGCAGAUUACGUAAGCAGAAUAUAACAGACUUCAUGUGGUCAGACAUUAUUGUAUAGCCAGUUGUGUUUUCUAAAUGUAUUAAUCUUAAUGCUACAGCCUAGGCCCAACAAACGUGCGACCUAGUAUAACCUGCAGUUUAAAGUUGCAGACAGUUCCUAGUACAAGCCUGUAGUACUCACUUGAAUUUCUACCUAUGCAUAGUCAAUGAUGUCAUCAGAACAGCAAACGUGCAACAUAAGCCUAAUUAUGGUUUUAAGCAUACACUAUGAAGUCGGUGACUUCAGCAGAAUGAUAGAAGUCAUGUGGUCAGAUGUUACUGUAUAGCCUGUUGUGUUCUAUUUUUGUUUUUUUUGUUUUUUCUUCUCUUCCUUUCUUUUUUUUCUUCUUAAUUUUAUUAAUCUUAAUGCCAAAUGCAUAAUCUAUGAUGUCAACAGUCCGGCAAAUGUGCAGACUAAGCCUAAUUAUAGUAUUACGCAUCCACUUUGAAGUCAAUGACUUAAGCGGAAUAGGAUAGAAUACAAGUGGUCAGACAUUUUUGUAUAGCCUGUUGUUUAGACUGUAUCUAAUGUGCCAAGAAUUGUGCAAAGUCCUGCUAUAGCCUAAUCUUACUUAAAAUAACACUAAAAAUGUGCAAGAACCAAUAUAUACCUCACUGUACUUAACGUCUGAAAAAAAGCAUGAGGAUUGCCUUUGGGGUACCGCAUGCACGUUCUGUUACGUUUCUAUGCACUUCAAAAAUAAAGAAUUAAAAAAAAAAAAAAAAGUUAGCUUCCUUUGAGCUGCUAAUUUAAUGUGGGGUUUUCUGGCGAAGUCCCGUAUCUGUACAUAUCUAAAGAAAUCUGUAGGGGUUAGAUGAUUGCCUUGUUGGAGUUCUUCAAAUUGUAUAACUUCCCCAUUUUUAUAUAGUUGGUGGAUACGUUGGAGUCCGGUUCUUUCGAUAUUCCUAAAGUUUCUAGGAGCCAUUCCAGGUGGGAACUCUCUAUUCCUAAGUAUUGGAGCCAUAGGAGAGGGGCACAAUGUAAGCCCAUAUUUGACACUAUUUGCAUCCCACAGGCGGAGUGAAUUGAGGACGGCAGGACAAGUCACCCUUAUCAUGGGUCUAUGUUCCUUUGCGACCCACAUUGUGAACUGGGGGACGUCAAGUCCCACUAACAUUGAUUCAAUUUCUACCGAUCUCCGUUCCCCUAAUGGGGACUGCCACAUGGCUAUUUGGGUCAGUUGGGCCGCCAGGUAGUAGCAGUAUAGAUUCGGUAGUCCCAGACCUCCUCUGUCUUUUCGCCUGUAUAGGACUUGUCUCUUAUUUUGCCAGAUAUAAUUCCCUAUGGCUCUCUGUAAUGGCACCAGUUGAGAUUUUGUGACUCGGACCGGUAGUGCCUGAAAUAAGAACAGGAUGCGGGGGAGGAUGUUCAUUUUUACCGAGUUUAUUCGCCCUAUCCAGGAGAUUGGUUUGUCCGUCCAGUUUUCUAGGUCUGCUAUCAGUGUCCUUAGCAUUGGGUCAUAGUUGUCGGAGUAUAAACGUCCUGGGUCUGCCGUUAGAUGGACGCCUAAGUAUUUUAAGGAGUCCGUUUCUAUCCGAAUUUGGUAUGUUUCCUUGAUCAGUGCUAUAUCGAUCUCUGUGAGGCCGAUUGGCAUUGCGCUGGACUUUUGAAUAUUUGCUUUGUAGCCGGACAGUUCUCCGUAUUCUUGUAUUACAUCCUGUAAUGCCGACAUCGACUCAAUCGGAUUCGUAAUGGUCAGCAGGACGUCAUCCGCAUAUGCGGAAACUGUGAACUCUUCGUCACCUACUCUGACUCCUCUGAUAUUUCAAUGUCUGCGUAACGCCUGUAGCAUUGGCUCCAGUGCCAUCACGAAGAGGAGGGGAGAGAGGGGGCAACCUUGCCUGGUUCCGUUGUAGAGCCUAAAUGGCUUUAAUGGGGCCCCCGUUAUCUGUAUCUGAGCUUGAACGUCGUGGUACAUCGCCUUUGUUACUCGGAUAUAUUCUUCCGGUAAACCAAUGUGUUUUAAGACUGUGAACAGGAACUGCCACCUCACCCUAUCGAAGGCCUUCUCCGCGUCGAUGGAUAUAACUAGCGAAGGCGAUCCGGUGGCCACUUGUUUCCAUAUGAGGUCAACGUUCCUUCUAGUAUUCUCAUAUAAUUGCCUGCCUUGUAUGAACCCGACUUGAUCUGCAUGAACGAGAGAAUUUAGUACCGGGUUCAGUCUGUCUGCUUGUAUUCUCGCCAAUAUCUUUAAGUCAUGGUUAAUUAGUGAUAUAGGCCUGUAAUUUUCAGGUUGGAGCGGGUCCUUUUCGGGUUUAGGCAGUAGUACUAUAGUGGCCAGGGCCAUCUCGGGGCCCAGGUGUCCCCCUUGUCUCAGAUGGUUGAAAAGUAUCGCCAAUUGGGGUGUUAGCUCUUUUUCGGAAGGUCUUAUAAUACGUCCCAUCGAAACCAUCCGGCCCAGGUGCCUUGUUGCCCUUCAGACUUGAUAUAGCCUUGUCGACCUCAUUGUCGCGAUUCUCACCGCGACAUCCCGACGGCCAGACGAGGUCGCCCCAGAAGUGCCCGGUGACGGACUUGAACCAGGGUACUUUGCAGUCCUGGGGCUGCUAUUUUGCCUCUGAGCCACCAUAUCAGCUCAAGAGAUAGCCAGAAGUCUAUAUUGCCUUGUACCCAGCACUCGGGGCUGGACAUUAUUCUGUGGCUGCUCCAACGAUCUCAGCACACCUGUGGCUGAUCACCAAUUAGCCAGGUAUAAGACACUGCCUCUCCCUGAGGGCAGUGUCAGUUCAUUGACUCUGGUUCCCUUGUUUGUUUCCUGUUACUCUGUACCUGCGUUCCAGUGAUUAUUGUCUAAUUCCGGCUUCUGACCUUGGCUUUCCUCCUGGACUACUCUGACCUCUGGCUUCCCUGAUUUUGGCUUCCCUUGACCACGCUUCUGCUAAUCCCUGCUGUACUGAGACUUGGCGCACUUUUCCUGGAAAGCCCCCGUGCACAGACUCACAGAUCAAGUGGCGUCUUACCUGGUCACCCUGGUCUGUGUCUACUUUGCAAGGGUGAGCGUAUAACUCUGCGAGCCGGACUCCCCAUCAGGUAAGAUCCUGACAUAAUGAACUGACCAUAUGGAGUCUGCAGAGUUAUACAAAUUACUCACCUCCCUGGCUGAACAAGUCUCCAACCUGUCCCAGAAUGUUAUGGAUUUGCAGAGAUGUUCAUUGGCAUUUAAAGGAGCAGUACAUCCAAUCCCGGAACAUACAUACCCGGAACCCUAUGUCAUUAUGCCUGACAGGUUUGACGGUUCCCGUUCUGCUUUCCCGAUGUUCAAGAAGGAUUGUGAGCUACUGUUUGCCCUGAAACCUAGAACCUACGCCACCGACCAUAUCAGAGUCCGCUCCGCUAUUAACCUGUGUACUGGGCGGAUUAAGGCGUGGGCACACCAGAAGCUGCAGGAGAGAAGUACUGUCUUGGACUCCUGGGAGUUGUUCAUGUCCGCAAUGGACUCUCAGUGCUUUGCAUCAAGGAAAGCAACUCCCAAGCCUACUUCAGGUUCUCGCAGAACCCGGUUGCCUAGAGAAGAGGAAUUAUUUUAUGAAUACAAGAAUCCCAUCUCGCUACAGUCUAAACCUACCUCCAAGGACCUGCCUUGUCAUCAUAAUGUUACCCAUGUGGAACUUGGCACUCUAGAGGACAAGGAGGAACCCAUGGAGAUCGGCUUCAUCCGCACUAGAACAAGACUGCCAUCUAGUGAAAGAGACCGAAGGAGGGCUUGUUGUCUCUGUUUCUAUUGUGGAGAAGGAGGGCACUUUAUCUCCCACUGCCCUAUUCGCCCAACUCGGCCUAAGCCUCUUCAAGUAGGUACUACUCACCUUCAUCCUGUUAUCCCGGCAACACAGCCAGAAAAAUGUCAAGGAUACUGUCAGAAGUUUCAACGUUCCGUGACACAGAAGAGUACCCAGACUACGAUGGCUACUGAUGCCAGUGUCUCUCAAGAACACAUAAUCGGUGAUCAUGAGAAUUCACUACCUCCAGAAGACUCUCCUGUUAAAACUGGUACCAUCACCACUUCCUGCCUGCCCAAAGGAGUACUACCUGUGGAUUGCACCUAUGGUACCAAGGUCCACAGAACAGAUCUGGAAACGUUUGAAAGGGCUUUGAAAGCCGUGAGCUCUGCUCCUGGUGACUCACCUAAGAAAAAAAGCUCAGAGAAACUGACUCCUGGGAUCAAGGUACUUACUGCCUGCACCAAAUCCUUGAAUAACCUUGACCUCUUCCCAUUAGCACCCGAAACUGGUACCAUAAAGUCCCAGUCUGUAGACUUUGAUUACAAAGACUAUCUUAGUGAUCUUGAGACCGAAGAUGAGGAGUACUAUUUCCGAGAAGAACCUGUUCACGCCCGGAGGGCGUUCUUGAAGGGAGGGUACUGUCACGAUUCUCACCGCGACAUCCCGACGGCCAGACGAGGUCGCCCCAGAAGUGCCCGGUGACGGACUUGAACCAGGGUACUUUGCAGUCCUGGGGCUGCUAUUUUGCCUCUGAGCCACCAUAUCAGCUCAAGAGAUAGCCAGAAGUCUAUAUUGCCUUGUACCCAGCACUCGGGGCUGGACAUUAUUCUGUGGCUGCUCCAACGAUCUCAGCACACCUGUGGCUGAUCACCUAUUAGCCAGGUAUAAGACACUGCCUCUCCCUGAGGGCAGUGUCAGUUCAUUGACUCUGGUUCCCUUGUUUGUUUCCUGUUACUCUGUACCUGCGUUCCAGUGAUUAUUGUCUAAUUCCGGCUUCUGACCUUGGCUUUCCUCCUGGACUACUCUGACCUCUGGCUUCCCUGAUUUUGGCUUCCCUUGACCACGCUUCUGCUAAUCCCUGCUGUACUGAGACUUGGCGCACUUUUCCUGGAAAGCCCCCGUGCACAGACUCACAGAUCAAGUGGCGUCUUACCUGGUCACCCUGGUCUGUGUCUACUUUGCAAGGGUGAGCGUAUAACUCUGCGAGCCGGACUCCCCAUCAGGUAAGAUCCUGACACUCAUCCUCGCUUAUUUCCGUCGCUAGGGUGUACACCGCCUCUUCUGACAGUUUGGUCAUACCUAAGUUGUCUAGGUAUCGUAUAAUUUUGUCCUCCUCCUGACCAUCCCGGGAGUUCCCGUCCGGUGUGUGGUUGUAUAAUCGUUCGUAUAAAUCCUCAAAGACCGUCGCUAUAUCCGUUGGUUUGGUUUUUAUUGUGCCGUCUGUAUGUUUAAUGGCCAUGAUGUGAGGCCGGUUAUGCCUUGGCCGUAGCGUCCUGGCUAGGAGCGUGUCAAUUUAUUGGCCUUGUCGUAGUACGUUCUCUUUGACCAUGUCAUGGCCCUAGCCGUGUCGUCCAGGAGAAGAGUACGAAUGUCCCUUCUAAUUUUUUCUAGCCGCCCAUGUAUCGUGACGUCCGGGGCUGAUUGGUGUUUCUGCUCGAGGUUCCUGAGUUGUCUCAGUAGGUUUUCAAGCUGGUUGUGUUUCAGCUUCUUCCUUGUGGCCAGUUUAAUCAGUGUCCCCCUUAUCACCGCCUUAUGUGCUGCCCAGACUGUGCUGGUGCUUACAUCUGGGGUAUUGUUCGUGUUAAAGUAUUCUGUUAUAUCUUUUCGAAUUUGUGUAAGUAUCGUUGUGUCUCUUAGCAAUGAUGUGUUCAGUCUCCAGGUCCAAGGAUUUGCCACGCAUAGGUUGCCCAGGAUGAUAGCCACGUCCGCAUGGUCCGACCAUGAAAUGUUUCCGACCUCCGAUCUCACUAUUCUGGGGAUGCCCGUUGCAUUAACUAAAAAUAGAUCUAUCCUGGAGUAUGUUCCGUGAGGGGCCGAGUAGAAGGUAUAAUCCCGAUCUCCUGGGUGUUGGGCUCGCCAAACGUCUACUAACCCCGUAUCCGCUAUAAAUUCUUUGAGCAUUCUGUCUUGGCCUCCCCUUCCCUGGGAUCUCGGGCCCCCGUCUCUCGAGCUUCUGUCCAUUGCCGGACUCGGGGCCGCAUUGAAAUCACCUCCCAUGAGGAUCAUGCCAUGCGGCAGAGCUGCUACCUUGUCUCGUAACGAAUUCCAAAACUCGACAUCUGGUUAGUUUGGGGCGUAUAUAUUUAUCAGAUGUAUAGUGUGUGAAUAUAAAGUGCCCGUAACUAUGAUGUACCGUCCCUCCGGAUCGGCAUCUUGGGACUCCAUCCGGAAGGGGCAGCUACGCUUAAUAAUGAUGGCCACUCUAUUUCUUUUACGGUGAGAUCUGGCUUCAAAAGAGUCAGCUUAGGUAUGGUCCCUCAGUCUAAAGUUGGCCUGUUUUAGUAGGUGGGUUUCUUGUAAGUAAGCUAUUUGCGAGGCCAUCCUCUUUAAUUUCCUAAACAUGAGACGGCGCUUUUUAGGGGCGUUAAGGCCCUUAACGUUUAGUGUGGUGAUCUUAAUCUCCAUUGUAUGAUAUGUUUGACUUUACUAAGCUGCUUUAUCUCUAUGGUCUGUUUUCUUGUUUCACCUAUGUGCAAAAGCGUCUCCGUGGGACCGUCUCUCCGCCCGUCACCCCCACCACCCCCGAGGACUAGGGUAUAGAAUAAGAAUAAGAGGAGGAGAAGAAGAAGAAGGGGAAGGAAAUAAGAGAAUAGUGACAUUAGCAUCUGGACUUUGUCCAAUGCAACAAAGAUUCAAAGAUCGCCAGAAUGUCAUGGGUAACGUAUGCCCACUUCCCUGCCACGAUCAACGUUGGGAGGAAACUGAGGAUCCCUAAAGCUCCGUCGCUUACGCGCCCUUCCUAACAUGUGUUGACCUUUAAGUUAUACCGCUGGCGUACAAGCGUUCCUUCCUUACUGCUGUUGUUGUCCCCCUGCGGUGCUAAUUAUAUAUGUUCCGAGCUAUUGGUGUCGGGCGCCUCCAACCCCCAGGUCCCCACCCGUGUCCCCUGCUCUAAAGCUCUGACCUUUCGGUACUCCCCUUUAGUAGUACAUCAACGGGUCGAGGGGGGAAGGGGAGCUAAACCACUACACCGGUAGAGAUAAUACAGUUAAAAAUACAAUAACUACAAAGAAACUAACGUAUCAACGUGAGACAAGUGCCUUUAGUAUAUGGCCCUCAACCUUUAGAGAUGUGUCGCUUAUAACGAGUGUGGGGUGUCUGGUCAUCUUCACGAGUAAUAAAGCCAUUGAGCGAUAAGUCUUUUGGCCCUCUUCUCUACGGGGACCCUGCUUGAUAAGUGUGGCAAGUGGUGUUCCCUCGAGUCGUGUGGGAGGGCACACAGGGAUUUUGUGGUCCGGGGGCUUAGGGGAUGUACGUUAUAACGUUGAGGGAGGUUGAUCUGAUGGGCAAGCUAGAUCCUUCCUCAUCUACCACUCUAUUGUUUUCCUUUCCCUUUGUCGUUCUCUCAUAGAUUAGAUAUUUUUACAUAUUUCUUUUUGCUCGCCUUUCCUUUUAUUUUGUUUCCGUCACCCUUCCUGUCUCGUGGGGGGUAUUAUGGUGUAUCGCCUGCCUUUGCGCACUACUAAUUUGUGAUUUUUAAGCAUUGUCACCAUGCAUCCUCUGUAUGUUACCCCCCCCCCCCCCCAAAUGCUGUUGGGAACCCAAGGAAUUUUUGUGUUUUUCCUCUUUUUUGUUGUGUUCCCUUCUCUCUCUCUGCUUUCGUUUUCCUCUGCCCUCAGACCUUGGUGUUGUAGGCGGGGACCAACCCUAAAUGGCUAUCAGUAUCCCACCACCUAGCUGAAUUAUAUCUAUGUUGGGUGAUGGGGUGUGUGAGCGAAGCUAGAUGGCACAAUAUAUAUUACAGUGUCUUUAUAAGCCUUAAGUCCCUGUGGGAGGUCUGCCGAUGAUCUUCGUGCUCCUGAUGCUCAUACUUGAUUGUUAGUUCUCUGGCCAGGAAAGUUACCCAGAGAGUAAAUGAGCCCCCUCGCCCCCUCCCUCGCCCAAGUCGGCCGUGUGCUCAGAUGACCAUGUCCCGGUAAAAUCCCCUCUUGUAUGAGGGUGUGGGGCAGGAUCCUUCUCUCUGCCCCUGUACAGAGGGUGGGUGGCGGCCCCCCGGGCCCACUUUGCAGGUAUUCCCCGUUUCCAAAAUUAUAUGCUAGGCCCGAAGUGGGGUGUUUGGAGGCCUACGCCCAAGACCCCACACGGACUCCCCCCCGCUCUCCCCCCCCAAAACACUCACCCCUGUCCCCCUCUGGCCCAGUGUCCCAGGAUGAGGGAAAAAACAAAUGGCAAGAAAUGGGAAAAAAAAUAGGGGGGGGGAACCGGGGGAAAAAACAGCGGGGGUAGUCCAGGCCAUACGAUACCGUCUGCGGUUAGCGGUGGCCCCUUGCUCCUGCCUCCUGCCACUCCGGCUGUAGCUGUGUAAGGCCUUCAGGAAACAUCGCUAUGCUGGGAAGGUCAGGAGGCGGCUGGACCCCAAGGCAGCGAAGCAGUCGGUGCGGAUCACCUCCCGGUGAGAGGAUGUGUGCCCGAUCUCCUCGAAACACCAUCAACUUAAAGGGGAAGCCCCAUGCGUAUUUGAUGCCGGCACCCCUUAGUGCGUCCGUAAUGGGCCGCCAGUCCCUUCUCCUCUGCAAUGUGGAGGGUGCCAAGUCGUGGUAGAGGGAUAUCGCAGCGCCUGCGUGCCGGAUGGGCCGAUUGCGGCUUUUUUUCAUCAGCGCUUCUUUGGUUGUGUAAUGUAGAAAGCGAAUUAUGACAUCUCUUGGAGUGUUGUCAUUGUUUCUUUUAGUUUUCAGGGCCCUGUGUACCCUCUCUAUGUGCCACUGUUCCUCUGGAAUAGGUGAGAGCAGUGGCUUUAAGAUGGUGAGUAUGAGCCCGCGUAGGUCUUCAUCAGCGCCCUCAGGCAAUCCCCUCAGACGGAGGUUGUUCCUUCGAGACCCGUUUGCCAUGUCUUCAAGGGCAAGAUCCGUUUCCACAAGGUGUGCUGUUACGCGGUUCACCCGCUCGAUCACGGCAUUGUGGGCCUGUGUUGUUUCCUCCAUGCGGUCCUCAAGUUUCGCGGUGCGGUCCCCCAGGGCGCCUAUUUCGGCAUGAAGGACCGCCGUCGAUUUUGUGAUCUCUCCCGCAAGGAAGGCCCUCACCUCUGCAAGCCUUGCCAGGAUGGUGUCCUGGUCGCUUGGGGAAGCCUCUCUGUCAACACGAGGGGAUGACUGAGGGGGGGUGCCUGCGCCAUCUUGGGUCCCCUGUCGGCCCUGCUUUUGGGCCGUGAGUAGGUCGAGGACAGUGCCGCCAGAUUCGUUGCCCCUCUUUGUCUGUUUCUUGGGGAGUCUCUUUUCCAUAGCUUGAGUCUCAGUAGGGGGAUAUUUUAGGUGAAAAGGUCGCUUUUGUGGGCUUUUUUGGCGCGUUUGCCUGGAGCUCUAGUUAGACACGUCUAGUCACAUCGACGGUCAGACCACGCCCCCCGUGUGGUGGCUCUUGAUGCACUGACUCCAGCCUCAGUCCACUCCUUGUGAAAGUCCCCAACACAUUUGAAUGGCCUUUUCCUGACAAUCCUCUCCAGGCUGCGGUCAUCCCUGCUGCUUGUGCACCUUUUUCUUCCACACUUUUUCCUUCCACAUAACUUUCUAUUAAUGUGCUUUGAAACAGUACUUUGGGAACAUCCAACUUCCUUCACAAUUACCUCUUGAGGCUUUCCCUCCUUAUGGAGGGUGUCAAUGAUGGUUUUCUGCACAACUGUCAGGUGAGCAGUCUUCCCCAUGAUUGUAAUUCCUACUGAAUCAGACUGAGAUACAAUUUAAAGGCUCAGAAACCCUUUGCAGGUGUUAUGGCUUACUUAGCUGAUUAGAGUGAGAUACUGUGAGCCUAGAAUAUUGCACCUUUUCACAAUAUUCUAAUUUACUGAGAUUGUGGAUUUGGGGUUUUCAUGAGCUGUAAGCCAUAUUCAUCGCACUUAUGACAAAUCACGCCUUGAACUAUCUUGCUUUGCAUGUAAUGCGUCUAUCUCAUAUAUUUCCCCUUUUACGUUGCAUUACUGAAAUAAAUGAACUUUUGCACGAUAUUCUAAUUUUUCGAGUAUCACCUGUAUAAUCUUGUUGCAGCAUAAUUUAAAGAAUGCUAUAUUAUAUGGAUAUCCUUUAGCUAUAUGAGUUCUUUUUUUAAUGAAUGUUUGUCAUAUUUCCCCAAUACUGGUGAAUAUAAAAAGUACAUUUGAUGUACACAGUUUAUCACUUAAUUGGUGUUGCUCAACAGCUACAGUAUCUCACAAAAGUGAAACUAAAAUCGGACACUCGAGCAGGCGAACACCGCUGAGACCUCCAUAACAACGUUAUUUCGUGCUGAAACUACCGAACGAUCGGCCGUUCGGUAGAAAGGAUCUAAUACAUGCGGGGAUUCCAGCGAUCAACAAGUUAUAUACGGAUGGCAGGAUUUUCGUGCCUUUUCAUCGCACGAGCGAGGAACGACCGCAAGGCCAAAACUUAUGGAACUAUUUUCGGCUAGUGUGCCUCUGCGGUCGGUCAAAUUUUAACCCCUUAAGACCGGAGGGCGUACUAUUACGCCCUAUUCUAAGUGGCUCUAAAUGCCGCCGGGCGUAAUAGUACGCCCUCUGGUCUUUCGGUACUUACCCAGUUGCCGGCGAUCCCACACUGGCGAUCGCGGUGGGGGGACUCCCAGGGAGCCCCCCGCGGCACGUCCGUCCUCCUGGAAGCCCCCCGGCCAUGUGAGAGUGGGGUCCUUGCGAGGACCCCACAAUCACAUGGCCGGGGGAAGCUGCUUCCUGCAUUGCCAGCAGGGGGCUGCCUGUAAUGACAGGUGGUCCCCCUGCUGGCUGAAAAUAAAAUAAAAAUAAAUAAAUAGUGUAAAAAAAAAAAUAUAUAUACUUAGAUCAUAUAUAUAUAUAUUAUAUAUAUAUAUGAUAUAAGUAUAUCUAUACACAUAUACAUACACACACGUACACCGUCUAGGUGCAUUUUACUAUUAAUAUAUAUAUAAUUAUAUACAUAUAUUAAUAUCAAAUUACACGUAGACUGAUACUGAUUAAAUAUAUAUAUAUAUAAUUAUUGUUAUAUAUAUAUUUAUAUAUAAUAUAAAAAAAUGUAAAUACGUUAAAAAAUAAAAUUAAAAAAUAAUUAAAAACAAAUAAUUAAAAAAUAUAUAGAUGUGUGUUAUUUCGUUCUAACUGUAUUGUGAAAUUAAUAUACAUAAAUAUAUACGUAUAUAUCACUAUAUAUAUACCUAUAUAUAAAUAAAAAUAUUUUAAAAAAAUUAUAUAGAUAUAUACAUAUAUAUAUACACAUAAGUAUAUAUAUACAUAUAUAUUAAUUCUACAUAUAUAUUUAUGUAAUAUUUUUACAUAAUUAGGUAUCUUAAUUAAUUACAAUUAGCGGGACCUGCCUGACAACCCAUGCCGAAAGUAAAGGGAAUUUAAUUUGCUAGCACUAUAUUUAACCCUAUAACUUUCUGAGACACCAUAAAACCUGUACAUGGGGGGUACUGUUCUACUCGGGAGACUUCGCUGAACACAAAUAUUAGUGUUUCAAAACAGUAAAAUGUAUUACAACGAUGAUAUCGCCAGUAAAAUUGACGUUUUUUGCAUUUUUCACGCACAAACAGCAUUACACGGACAAUAUUAUUGCUGUGAUACUUUUUAUUGUUUUGAAACACAAAUAUGUGUGUUCAGCUAAGUCUCCUGAGUACAACAGUACCCCUCAUGUACAGGUUUUAUGAUAGAAGAGCAAAAUAUGGCUCAGUUUAUGGGCCGCUGAUGCUUCCUCCAAAAGCAUUUUGUACUCCCUUCCAUUCCAUGGUGACAUGUUAUUCGGCAAAAACCUGGAUGACUGUUUCAAAUGAGCUGCCGAAGAUAAAAGAGCUUUUUUGCCUCAAUGCCGUAGAGCCAAAGGACCCAUGGGUGCAAAAAGACAGUACUAUCCAUUUCAAGAUAGCAGAUCCUAUAGACCAGGAAGGGAGUAUGGAAGAAAUCAAUCCUGGGGAAGUGGGCAGUCUGGCACUAGAGGAGGAAAAUCCCGAGGUACUUCAUCCUCCAAGAACUUCAGGAAUUUGUGAUGGAAUUAUUUCCCAAUCAGAAGAAGUAGGAGCCCAUUUACUUCAAUUCCAAAUGGCAUGGGUGGAGUUCACAAGCAACAACUGGGUUCUAGAAAUCAUCAGGAGAUGAUAUUUUCUGGAAUUGUACAAAUAACCCACGCUAAGAUCUUUUCAAAUCACAAAAUGUCCAGGAGACAAAGAGAAAAGAAUCACCCUUCAAGACUUAAUUUGCUCUUUACAAAAAGAAGGACUUAUAAAAAAGGUCCCAGCAUCAGAAAGAACUAAUGGGUUCUAUUCACACCUUUUCCUAACAAGGAAAUCCUAAGGAGGGUGGAGACCCAUUCAAGACAUACACAGACUGAAUCAACACUUGCACAUCUGCAGGUUCAAGAUGGAGUCCCUGCACUCUAUCAUAAAAACAGUCUUCCCCAAUAAAUGAAUGGUGUCAAUAGACUUAUUGGAUGCCUAUUUCCAUAUUUACAGUGGAAGAAGGUAAUUUCAAAUUGAGAGUAUUACCCUUUGGACUCAGCACAGCUCCAAGGACCUUCACAAAAGUAGUAGUAGUACUAAUUACGAAACUGAGGAAACAUGGCAACAUGGCGUCCAAAUAAUCUUCCAUUAUUUGGACGACAUCCUGAUUGUGGCGGACAGCAAAGACAUCUUGUCUUCCCACACUUUCAAUUGCUUUCAUUUCUUUCAGCAUUAUGGCUGGAAGAUCAAUGUCAAAAAGAGCCAUAUUUUCCUGAGUCAGUCCAUGACAUACCUGGGAGCCCAGUUUGACACAUCUGCAGGAACUGUUCAGUUCUCCCAAGAGAGAAUUCUAAGAAUCAAGAGGAAGAUAGUGGAUAUGUUGGCAUCCAAAGUAACUUCAGCAAAGAAAACUAUGAGUCUGCUAGGAUGCAUGUCUUCCACUAUAGGACUGACACGGUGGGCACAAUGGAGAAUGAGGACUUUUCAAGCAAAUUUCCUUCUUCAAUUUUCUUCAAAGAACCUGCACCAACCCAUCAAAAUUCCAUUAUCAGUAAAAAAAAAAUCCUUGAUCUGGUGGCUAAACAAGAAGUCUCUAGGCAAAGGCCUUCCUCUGGGAUAAAUCUCAUGGGUGGUGAUAACAACAGAUGCCAGACAAUGGGGUUGGGUGAGUCCAUUGUCAGCACAAUUUCGCACAAGAGAAAUUUAAUUUUCCGACAAGAAACAAGCCUUCCAAUCUUCUUGAACUUUUAGCGGUUCUCAAAGCCCUGGAACAUUUUUCUUCACAACUACACCAGCAAUGGGUAAAAAUAAGAGCAGACAAUGCCACGGUAGUAGCCUACAUCAACCAUCAGGGAGGAACGAAUAGUCACAGAAUGAUGGAAAUUAUGCAACAGCUGAUGUCAUGGACCCAAAGACACCUGGCAGGUCUCACAGCAACCCAUCUCCCGGGGAAACAGAACCAGAUUUUGGAUUUCCUCAGCAGAUCAAGGAUAGAUCCAGGAGGAUGGAGCUUAUCUAACAGAGUGUUCCAGGUGAUAGUGAAGAAAUGGGGCCUUCCUCAAGUGGAUCUAUUGGCAACAUGAAAGAACAAAAAGGGGUAAAGGUUCUUUAGAAAAGACAAUGACCCUCAAGCCAUAUAGAAAGAUGCUCUACCCAGCAGUUGGCAAUUCAGCAGGGGGUAUGCAUUUCCUCCCUUUCCUCUGAUUUUAUUCAUCCUGAGGAUAAUGAGAAUAGAACCUGUUUCUCUCAUCUUGAUAUCACACUUUUGGCCUUGCAAACCCUGGUGUCCUCUCCUACAGAGCCUUUGCAAAGAACCACCAUGGCAGCUUCCAAAAGUCCCACAUCUUAUUCUCCAUCCAGAUCCGACCUCGCUCAAUCUGAUGGCAUGAAGAUUGGCUAAAUAAUAAAGGUUUCUCCUAUUCAGUUGUUGAUACUAUGCUCAAAGCAAGAAAAUGUUGCACUUCUACCACUUACUAUAGAGUAUGAGACCUUUUUUCUGCCUAGGCCAUUUCUAAAAAUAUUAAUAUCCAAAGACCUUCUACGAAAGAUAUAUUGGAAUUUCUACAAUCUAGCCUUGAGAAAGGACUAAGUUAUAACAUCUUAAAGGGUCAUGUAUCAGCUUUGUCAGCUCUAACUAACCACAAAAAGGCCUUUGAUACAGACUUGGCUAGGUUCCUCAAGGCAGUACUAAAACUCAAGUCGUUUGUCCCACCUUGGAAUUUACCUCUGGUUCUUAAAGCGUUAAAGUCUCAUCCCUUUGAACCUUUAUACUUAAAUUCUCUCCACUUUCUCUCCAUUAACACUGCCUUAUUGGUGGCUUUAGCUUCAGACAGAAGGGUCUCAGAGCUUCAUGCUUUGUCAGCUAGAGAACCCUUCACAGUUUUCCAUAAAGACAGAGUCAUUCUUCGUACAAUUCCUGAAUUCAGAACAAAAGUCACCAGGAACACAAGAAAACGGAGAAGAAAAGGAUCUCUCUUUAUUAGAUUUGGUGAGAUGUCUUAAAAUCUAUCUUGAUAUAACUGCUCCAUGGCGUUCUUCUCAAAGUCUUUUUGUCCUACAUAGUGGAUGUAGAAGAGGCGUACAAGGUCUGCUAAGGUCUCUCCAGAACUUUGUAAAGCAGCCUCUUGAUCAUUGGCUAAUACUUUCAUCAGACAUUACCAAAUAGAUGUCAAAGCCAGUCAAUCAGACCAAUUUGGAAAGAGUGUCCUUUCUGUUGAUAACUCUUGAUUCUUAAAGUUUGAAUGUUUGUCACUUUGUUUUUUCAUGCUAAUCCACUUUGCAUUUCAUACUCUGGAUUCUGUGUUUUUUUCUUUUCUCUUCCCUCCCUUAGUUAUUGCUUGGGUAUUACCCAUUGUUGUGCUGCCAUGGAUAUAGCCAGGAAAAAGGAACAUUUAUUCAUACUUACCUAAAUUUUCUUUUACUGGUCAUAGGCCAUGGCAGCACAAAGAUACCACCCUGGGACAUUUCUACAGUAGUAAGAAACUGAGGGAGGAGGGGAUAGGAGGUGGUACUUGUAGUGGACUCUGGGCAACCCGACAGGUUACCUCCACUAGUCUCCUUCCUUCAGUCAGUCAGGAACCACUUAUAAGGCAAAUAAACCAAUUCCCCCCCAGUAACUGGACAACACCUAGUCCUGGAGGUACAACAUCUUUAUGGGCUACAUAUGACUUUUAUGCAAAACUCCAUGCAAUCCCAGUGUCCCCUCCCCAUCCCAGGGGUCUUCAGAGUGACACUGGAGUCACAGUCCCUUUGUCCCCUGUUCCUGCCACCUAAGCAUGGGUUUCCCACUUCCGGUGACAGGGGUUCUUAUUCCCAGGAUUCCCUUGGUCCCCUCCCAGGGGUCCUGCCCCUCCCAGGAGUCUUCAGCGUGAUACUGGAGUCCCAGUCCCUUGGUCCCCUGUUCCCACCACCAAAGUACAGGUUUCCCACUUUCGAUGAUUUUCGAUUUCUGUUCCUGCCACCCAGAUGAUCGGGGAUCUUUUUCCCAGGACCCUUUGUGCCUGGGAGUCACAGUGCGGGAAAGCUUCCCUCCUCCUUGCCUCCCCAAAGGGAUAUUCCCAAAUUUAUAGGGGAUAGGGUACAUGUGACUGCGGCAAAACACACAAACACAGAGGGGAAAAGUCACGAACGGGUAGGUGGUCUGUCACAGUACUUAUACCUUUCGUUUAAUUAUUUCCUGUGUAAUUAGGGAUAGGGAGGAGCUACCCAUUGUUGUGCUGUCAUGGCCUAUGACCAGGAAAAGAAAAUUACAAUAAGUAUGAAUACAUUUUCCUUUAUAAAGUGUAUAUAAUAUGUGUUUAUAUAUUACGCAGUCAUCUUGUUCCUUUCAGAGUAAAACAUUUAAUUAUACAGUAAGCAUACUCACAUGCAGACACAGACAAUCUCACUGACACACACAAGCUCAAUGACAUAAAAACCACAAGCUCACAGAUGCACACAAAUAGGCUUAUUGGUAUACACACACAAACAUAGUACAGACAAACUCUGACAUGCACAAGCUUACUUCAGACAAGCUUACUGUUACACACAUGCUCACUAGCACACACAUGCUCACUACAUACAAGCUCACUGACACACACAUACAAGCUCACUCACUAGCAGCCACACACACACACACACACAAGCUUUCUUAAUAGCAGGCACACACACACACAAGCUCACUCACUAGCAUGCACACACACACACACACACACACAAUCUCACUUACUAGAAGGCACACACAAGCUCACUCACUAGCAGGCAAACACACAAGCUCACUGACUAGCAGGCACACACAUAGAUACACAAGCUCACUUACUAGCAGGCACACACACAAGCUCACUCACUAGCAGGCACACACACAAUCUCUGUCAUGGCUGAAGCUUAUCUGGAACUGGUAGGUAAAGUUGCCAUUUUGUGGCCUCUUCCUACCAGCGAGGUUAGCAACGUGCAUAGGGGAGGGGCUUGUGCUCGGGUGGUGGAGCUAUGUUCAGGAGGUGGGGCUUACAUGCAGGAGCGGGGCAUGCAGCCAAAAUUGUUGUAAAUUUUGAAGGAAGACUGACAGACCUCCCUCUGCCCGGCAGUAAUUGUGGCCGCACCGGCCCCCAGCUCCACCAUCUUUAAUCCCCUCAGACUGACACAGUCCAAGAGGAAAAUACUUAAAUUACAUUAGCCUGAUGAUAAGGGCUGUCUGUCUGGCCCCAGGUGCCACUGCCCACCAGGAAAUUUACCGGUAUCCCAGUGGGCCAGUCCGGCCCUGUCUCCUAUACUCUACUAUAAAGAGUACUAUAUAUAGCCAUCCUGCCUACCAUUGCUAUAAAGUACUUAAGCUAAAGUUCCAUGGCUAUAAAGUACCUAAGCAUAAAAUGAGCCAAAUCCCUCCUUCUUACACCUUGACUUUAGCCAUGCAUUAGCCUUCCUCUACUCCUGCCUUUCUACUGUAGAGCACGAAACAGGUAAUAUUUCUGGAAAUGCUACCUUGGGAGACUUUUUCUUCAGUUUACGUCCUAAUUCCCAGAACUUAUUAUUUUGGACCUUUUAGGGCCAUCCUUAGCCUCUCCCAAUAACUCAUCCACUAUGUCAGCCACAUGCCUGACCCGGGCACCCUGGGGACAGCAAAUUGUUCAAUUGAGAUGAUCAGAGUGGCAGAUUAACCUAUCUGCUUUCUUAAUAGAGUUCCCUACCACUAUAAACUGUCUAACCUUUAGUACAUUCUUAAACACACCAAUGCUAAAGAGGCUGUUCUCUAAACUGUUAGAAAGAACAGCUUCCAUAAGUACAGUUAGUCCUGAGCUGACGCCCUCAACUGCUCAGUGAGCAGUAGACCCCUUUCAAGAUUGUCAAUCUGUCUCAAUGUUGCAAUUUGCUUCUCCAGAUCUCCAGUACAAGCUUUCAGACAAGCCCCAUGCUCACACCUGCCACAGAGGUAUGAACCCUGGAUAAUCUCAUCCAGGCAUGCAUACAUGCAGUAUGAUGUGCGCUGAGUUAGAUCUUCAGUCUUAUUAACACCCAUUUCCACAGUUACCAAAAGCAACACGUAUUCCAUACUGUAAAACAAUAAUUACCUUAUUGGUUUAAACUCCUGGUUUUAGAAGUUCUACUUAUUUGAGAAUAUUUUAGGCAACUCCAAUUAAGUCAGCUGUGGUUUUUAUUGAUAUACAAAAACCUACACAGGUGGAAAUUAAGGGACAACUUCCAUAAUUAACUCAGCAGCAGUACACAUUUGCUUGUUGAACAGGAAAAUGGUUCCUAGUUAGUAUUAAGAGUAAAAGUCUAGUUACAAAGUUCAUAUCUGAGCAGAGCAGAUCCAGACUUACAACCAAAGGUCCAUGUAUGCUCAACCCCUACCUCAUGAAGGAUUAAGGAUUAAGCCAUACAGAGACUGAACUUCCAUGCAGCAGGGAAUUAAUCUACGGGUAACCUUAAAAAAAAUAGUUUACUGUUUAGUAGACAUGCUCUCAGUAGAAUGCAGCACAAUCUCCAAGUUGUAACUUUGUUCUCCAUACCAUACCAAAGUACAGGUUUCCCACUUUCGAUGAUUUUCGAUUUCUGUUCCUGCCACCCAGAUGAUCGGGGAUCUUUUUCCCAGGACCCUUUGUGCCUGGGAGUCACAGUGCGGGAAAGCUUCCCUCCUCCUUGCCUCCCCAAAGGGAUAUUCCCAAAUUUAUAGGGGAUAGGGUACAUGUGACUGGGGCAAAACACACAAACACAGAGGGGAAAAGUCACGAACGGGUAGGUGGUCUGUCACAGUACUUAUACCUUUCGUUUAAUUAUUUCCUGUGUAAUUAGGGAUAGGGAGGAGCUACCCAUUGUUGUGCUGUCAUGGCCUAUGACCAGGAAAAGAAAAUUACAAUAAGUAUGAAUACAUUUUCCCUUAUAAAGUGUAUAUAAUAUGUGUUUAUAUAUUACGCAGUCAUCUUGUUCCUUUCAGAGUAAAACAUUUAAUUAUACAGUAAGCAUACUCACAUGCAGACACAGACAAUCUCACUGACACACACAAGCUCAAUGACAUAAAAACCACAAGCUCACAGAUGCACACAAAUAGGCUUAUUGGUAUACACACACAAACAUAGUACAGACAAACUCUGACAUGCACAAGCUUACUUCAGACAAGCUUACUGUUACACACAUGCUCACUAGCACACACAUGCUCACUACAGACAAGCUCACUGACACACACAUACAAGCUCACUCACUAGCAGCCACACACACACACACACACAAGCUUUCUUAAUAGCAGGCACACACACACACAAGCUCACUCACUAGCAUGCACACACACACACACACACACACAAUCUCACUUACUAGAAGGCACACACAAGCUCACUCACUAGCAGGCAAACACACAAGCUCACUGACUAGCAGGCACACACAUAGAUACACAAGCUCACUUACUAGCAGGCACACACACAAGCUCACUCACUAGCAGGCACACACACAAUCUCUGUCAUGGCUGAAGCUUAUCUGGAACUGGUAGGUAAAGUUGCCAUUUUGUGGCCUCUUCCUACCAGCGAGGUUAGCAACGUGCAUAGGGGAGGGGCUUGUGCUCGGGUGGUGGAGCUAUGUUCAGGAGGUGGGGCUUACAUGCAGGAGCGGGGCAUGCAGCCAAAAUUGUUGUAAAUUUUGAAGGAAGACUGACAGACCUCCCUCUGCCCGGCAGUAAUUGUGGCCGCACCGGCCCCCAGCUCCACCAUCUUUAAUCCCCUCAGACUGACACAGUCCAAGAGGAAAAUACUUAAAUUACAUUAGCCUGAUGAUAAGGGCUGUCUGUCUGGCCCCAGGUGCCACUGCCCACCAGGAAAUUUACCGGUAUCCCAGUGGGCCAGUCCGGCCCUGUCUCCUAUACUCUACUAUAAAGAGUACUAUAUAUAGCCAUCCUGCCUACCAUUGCUAUAAAGUACUUAAGCUAAAGUUCCAUGGCUAUAAAGUACCUAAGCAUAAAAUGAGCCAAAUCCCUCCUUCUUACACCUUGACUUUAGCCAUGCAUUAGCCUUCCUCUACUCCUGCCUUUCUACUGUAGAGCACGAAACAGGUAAUAUUUCUGGAAAUGCUACCUUGGGAGACUUUUUCUUCAGUUUACGUCCUAAUUCCCAGAACUUAUUAUUUUGGACCUUUUAGGGCCAUCCUUAGCCUCUCCCAAUAACUCAUCCACUAUGUCAGCCACAUGCCUGACCCGGGCACCCUGGGGACAGCAAAUUGUUCAAUUGAGAUGAUCAGAGUGGCAGAUUGGUAUGAUGUGAAAUAAUGCUUCGAUCUGCCUCCAUGAUUUUGUUAUUGAAUACCAAGCUGCAGACUACCAGUCAUCAAGAUUUUCUUUUAAAUGUUAAUACAUGAUUUAGUAGCGAUGCAGGACCCAGAGUCCAUAGACACCAGACACCAUAAUAACUUCUAUAUGUUGAAGUGAUUAAGGUGCCUACAGUUUCACUAUAUGUCUACUGCAGAUUUGAAUGUAGUUUUACUUUUUUUCAGAUCAGUUACGGAGCGACUGACCCACUACUCAGUGAUAGAGCACUUUACCCAUUUUUCUUCCGGACUGUUCAGGAUGAUCGGACUCAUUAUGCAGUUAUUUUAAAGUUUCUGCAACAUUUUGGGUGGAACUGGGUUGGAAUAAUCACCUCAAAGGAUGAAAGUGGAGAGAAAGAGCUCCAAGAACUGAGCCAUGAGAUCACCAGCCACGGCAUCUGUAUUGAGUUUAUUGUUAAAAUGUCUUCCAUAGAGAAAGAAAAUGAUAAGGAUUUGGCUGUUAUUAGAAAAUCAACCACUCAAGUUCUAAUAACCUGUGGGACAUGUUCUGCGCCUUGUUUUCUUAUUUUUCAAAAUUCUGAAUCACUUUUACAAAAUAUAACAAUUAUCGUUAAAGCUUCAUGGACGUAUGUUUUAUAUUUCAAUAUUAGGUCGGGGAAGACCUUCAAUGGCAGUUUGAGUAUUUCACCACCUAUGAACCCUAUCCCUGGUGUGAACACUUUAAUACAUAAAUUCCAUCCUUCUAAUCGCCCAAAUGAUCCGUUACUUGAAGAUAUUUGGCUAAUGAACUUAAAUUGCUUAUCACCAAACCUAGAAAAAAACAAUUUCUUUCAAUAUCUGUAUAAAUUUACUGCAAACAACUGCACUGGGAAGGAACGUAUUCGAGAUAAAAUAUCUGUCCCACAAAAUCCUGUGUACAAUGCAGUCUAUAUCCUGGCACACACUUUGCACAAUAUGCAUUCAUCCUUAGCUUCUCUUUAUCCUGAAAUAGACCUAUUAUCAUAUAAAUACUUAAACCUGGUGAGCAUUUAA